UCACCACCGGCCAUCACUUCAUUGUACGGGGCUGCUGCUGAUGCAGAGAUCAUAGCAGGCGAUUGUGUUUCUCUUAGUUAGUAACGGAAGCAUGCCAUGGAUGUGGUUUCUCACCCGUUAGGUCUUCACAUUGGAUGGGAAUCUGUUGUGAGCCCUUGUGUCUAAUAGGAGAAUGAGGAAGAGGAGGAACUGGAAACCUUGGGAGCACCUCGGAAAGCUUAUAUGAAGUCUCAAUGAAAGCAUUAGAACAGCCUCUCUAGUUCUUGAAUCAAUGGCUAAGAAAGGGCGUACAAAGGGCGAGAAGCCCGAAGCCCUUAUUUCUGCCUUACAGGCAGCUAAUGAAGAUCUCAGGUCCAAGUUGACUGACAUUCAGAUAGAGCUGCACCAAGAAAAAUGCAAGGUGAGCAAACUGGAGCGAGACAAGGUGCAAGAGGUGAAGCGGGUGCGAGAGCAGGAGCAGCACCGUCAUACUGCCAUGCUAACAGAGCAGCGGGCAAAGUGGCAUGAGGAAAAGCAAAAGGAGCUCCAGGCUCUCAGGGAAAACCUGACACGGCAGCAUGAGCAAGAACUGGCCCGCCAUGCUAAAAUCAAAGACCAGGAAAACCAGAGGCUGAAAGCAGCACUGAAUGCCAUGCGUGACGGCAGUGGAGAGAAGGUUCGCACAGCACUGACUCUUGAAGCCAAGGAGGACGCACGUCGUUUCUUUGACCAGGAGAGAGUUAAACUCCUGCAGGAGAUAGGAGAGCUGAAGGCUGCUAAAAAGCAGACUGACGAGGCUCUCAGCAACAUGAUCCAGGCUGACAAGAUGAAGGCUGGGGACCUGCGGGUGGAGCACCAGCAGCACCAGGAGCAGAUCUCUAAGAUCAAAUGGGACUGUGAGAGAGACAUCCGCAGACUGGUGGACGAAAUCAAAGGUAAGGACCGCACCAUUUUCGCUCUGGAAAAAGAACUGGAAUCGACAGCGGGUUACUUACAGAAGCUGCAGCUUCAGAAGGAUGCCCUGGAUGAACAGUUAUUCCUUGUUAAGGAGGCUGAGUGUGGCCUGGGAAGCCCGAAAAGAGAAAUCCCAGGCAGAGCUGGAGAUGGUGCGGAGCACUGUGGCAGCCCAGACAUGAGGAGAAACCAGAGGCGUAUGGCUGAACUCAACGCGACUAUACGCAAGCUGGAGGACCGCAACUCGCUCCUGGGGGAUGAGAGGAAUGAACUGCUGAAACGUGUUCGAGAGUCAGAGAAGCAGUGUAAGCCCCUGCUGGACAAGAACAAGCUGCUGAGUAAGAGGAAUGACGAUUUGACCCAGACGAUCCAGAAGCUGGAGGAGAAGCUGAAGAGCCUGAUGAAAGAAAACCUUGAGAUGAAGGAGAGGAUAAACUCUCAUCCCCCACUGAAGAAGCUAAAGUCUCUCAAUGACCUGGACCAAGCCCAUGAUGACCAGGAAAUAGCCUUUCUCAAGCUUCAAGUCUUGGAGCAGCAAAGCAUGAUUGAUGAACUGACAAGAGACCGAGAAAAACUCCUAAGAAAGAAACGGCAUAAAAGAAGUUCAAGGCCAAUAAAGAGGCAUAUCGUGGUUGAUACUUUCUUUGGGUAUGAUGAAGAGUCUAUGGACUCAGAGACAUCCUCAGUGGCUUCAUUUCGAAUGGACAGAACUCCUGCUACUCCUGAUGAAGACCUGGAUGAUAGUUUAGCCAACGAGGAGUCAGAGCUACGUUUCCGUCAGCUCACCAGGGAAUACCAGGCCUUACAGCGAGCUUACGCCCUGCUGCAGGAACAGAAAGGAGGCCUACUGGAUGCUGAAAUCGAAGCUAAGGCUCACGAACAGCUCCAAGCAGAGGUUCUCAGGUAUAAAGCCAAGAUAGAGGACUUGGAGAAGGAACUAACCCUGAAGGGACAGGACUCCAAAUGGGUUGAAGAGAAGCAGCUGUUCCUAAGAAGGAAUCAGGAGUUGUUAGAAAAGGUGGAAAAGUUGGAGUCAGACUGUAAUCGGCUGCAGCAGGAGCUUCAAGACUCCAAAGAUCAAAAUGAACUGUUAGAGUUUAGGAUACUGGAGCUAGAGGAGCGUGAGAGGAGGUCUCCUCCAUUCAACCAUUUGAGAAUGCAUCCUUUCUCUGAGGGAGUCAGUGCACUGCAGAUCUACUGUAUGAAGGAAGGAGUUAAGGAUGUAUGUAUACCAGAUCUCAUCAAACUGCUGGAUAUCCUCGGAGACAACGGGAACUUAAGGAACGAGGAGCAAGUGGCUAUUAUUCAGGCUAGCACUGUUUUGUCACUUGCGGAAAAGUGGAUUCAACAGAUUGAAGGGACAGAGGCAGCACUGCACCAAAAGAUGAUGGACCUGGAGAUAGAGAUGGAGAUGUUUUGCAAACAGAAAGGAUAUCUGGAAGAGGAGCUGGACUACAGAAAACAGGCCCUGGAUCAGGCAUACAUGCAAAUCCAGGAGUUGGAAGCAACCUUAUACAACGCCCUGCAGCAAGACAAGGUGAUAAAGUACGGCGAGCCUCUGGAUGAGCUUCAGAGGGACGAGCUGCGGACGGCGGUGGAGAAGCUGAGGAGGCAGAUGCUGAGGAAGAGUCGAGAGUACGACUGCCAGAUCCUCCAGGAGAGGAUGGAACUUCUGCACCAGGCCCAUCAGAGAAUUCGUGAUCUUGAAGAUAAGACAGAAAUCCAGAGGAGGCAGAUUAAAGACCUGGAGGAAAAGGUGGUAUGUCAGCUUGGGGAUCUUGUUUGUGACUGCAGUAUUAUUUAUUUUCUGGACAAGUGUGAAACGGUGUGUGUAGCAGUGGCUGCUCGUGUCAUAACAUCAGUGACUGCUGUCAGUAUAGCUGGAUGUAUUGUGUGCUGGUCGGAUCACACUUCAGAUUUAUUAUUAUUAUUGUUAUUAUUCUUAUUAAUAUUGUUUUUUAACCGGGUGAGGUUGGUUCUCAUCCUGCUGCCCAGGAUGAUAUUUUUAGAGCCGUGUUGGACAUUAAAUAUCUCUCCAAGCAGCUGAGAAUACUGUAACAGACUGCAAGGAAUGGCAGGCAAUUGGGAAAACAGAUAUAGUGCAUUCAGACACAUACAUACACACACACACACACACACACACACACACAUAAAUAGUUUUCAGACACACAUGCAUUUACAGACAUAUGCAGAUGCAAACACAUGCUUUGACAAUUUAAAAACCAAAGCCUGGGAUAUGUUCUCUCUGCCAUGCAGGGCAAUAAUAUAUCACUGACCAACAUUUAGCCCCAGUGGGAAUAUAAACAGACAGAGAGCUCAUAAACAACAAGGAAAACAAACCACCAGACCACAGGCCGCUCUUCUUUUUCCCCCUCUGUUUUUUUGGCGUUCAAACCUGAAAAGAAGUUCUUCUUGAAUGCAACCACCCGGUGAACUGAAGCGAGCCAAUUCAGGGCCUUACGCACGCAGAGGCCAUUUAAACAGUGCUGGUCUCAGGUCAGAUUAUAACAAGGAACUUUCGGGACCUGGUUUCUUCAACCAACUGCCCUGACAUUGCUGUUCAGAGAAUGGUGCUUACACACUGCUUGCACUCUCCAGAGGUCACGUCUGCAAAAGGACACAGCUACACUGCAGAAGCUGGUGUGUACAGACACUAAUGGGAGAUACGGGACACUCAGGUUGACACGUCUUCACUGGACACACAUAACAGACUUGAGUGAAGGAAGGUGAAAAUAGAUUUUGGGAGAAAUGCCACACUUGGAUCCAGCUCCACUCAGCCUGGAUCUGUACAGAAGAACAUACGGAUUGUCAAACUGCAUCUUCAUUUUUUCUCAAAAGCCAGCAGACUGUAAAAGCUUUACCCCCUGGUUGUCUUUUUUUUUUUCCUCCUUUCUGUUUUUUAUUACAGCUCCUACCACUGACAGCCCAAGGGAAAACAUCCCCAUUCUGUAUUGUAAUAUAUACAUUGUUAAUAUGUACAUGUGUCUGAAUAAUUUCAUGUAGUCUCCCCUUUUUUCUGUGAAUAGUGGAAACUUUUGUUUAUUCUCUGAUGCAGCUUGAACAGUUGAUGUACUUGGCAGUUUAGAAAUGACUUGACAAGGGUGUAAAUUGCUCUGUUUUAUUGUGGUGAUGGCUGCAAAGAUGAACAUUGUUUCCUUGAAAAUUAUAAAUGAAAAAAUAAUUUUAAUAUGAAUGUGGAAUAAUAUAAAUAUUUGCCACCCCUUUCCUUUCCCCCCAUCCUUUAUCACAUACCGUGUAUUGGAUUUGUUGUUCUACUGUCUAUAUUGUGUUGCUCCGGCUGGCCAGCAGGGGGUGCUGCUGUCGACCUGUGCGACUUUCCCAAUUUGCCCUUUAAAGAAACAUGACCUUUUACCAAACUUGUAAAUAUUUCAGACUGGUUUCCGAUGAGCUCUGGUCACAAAACAACAUGUAACAGUCAUGUUGUCUGUAAUUUCACUCCAUACUCUGAAUUUUGUAAGGAUGAAAGGAAAAACACUACAAAAUCUGUCCUUCCUUUAUCCCAAAACUGCAGGUCUCCUCUUUUUCUACUAACCAAAACAUCUUUGAUACUAAUGGCCCUGUUUUGCUAAACUCUGCUGGCCACUUAGGUGUCGACUUCCCCCAAAAGGAAACAGGAGAAAGUGAAUGCAACACGACACCUGCUUCACUUCUCUCCCGCCAAGCUGACUCUGCCCAGUCCCUAAAAUAUUUACUACUAAUACUCUGCCUGCUCCCCUUUUUACCCGAGCUACUGUAUCUGCCAUUGAAUCACCUAUUGUAAGGCCGAGGGUACCUUCUCAUUGGAUCUCAUUACACAUCGGACAGUAACUACAGCCCAGUACAUUCACUUUAACUUAUCGAGGGGGGUGACUGAAAAUAUUGUGCAAACUCAACAGCAGUUGCCUUAAAUGCACUUUCCCCCCUUUUUCUGCCUGUAUUUCCAUGUUUAAUCUUUUUCUUUUUUCGUUUCCAGGUCAUUUAUGUAUCUCACAAAUAUACAUUACGAGAAUGUAAUGCGUGACAUUACAUAUAAUGUGUAUUCAUUUUUAUUUUUAUUUUACAGAGAUUUUCUUUUCUCCUUCUUCUGUCUGUCUUCCAAGGAGAAUAUAUAAUCCCUCCUAAUUUCAUUUAGAUUAUUUGAUAAACAGAAAAACGUAAUGCUGUAAAAAAAAAAAAGUUAAAUAAAAAAAUAUGGCCUAUGACCUUGAAGACUAA